ACAGAGAGGGCUUUCUUUCUUUCUUUCUUUCUUUCUUUCUUUCUUUCUUAGUUAUACCCGUUUCUUUACGUAACAAUUAAAGUUGAUGAUCAUAAAACAUAUUUCAAAAUAAGACUUGUUUUUUAGAUUUUCCUCUAAGGAGAGGAAAUAGGUGGUUGUGGGCCUAUGCUCCAAGCGUGCGUCAAACGAUCGAAAGUGAAAAUCCCGAGCAGCACUUGAAGGACUCGCCAACAACUGAAGCUCCGGGGGAAACGAACGUGAACAUGAGCGAAAGGAAAGCGGGUGUAUCUGUAAAAGUGGUCCUCAUAGGAAACUCUGGGGUGGGUAAAUCCUCCUUCAUGAACAGAUAUGUGAAUCACCGCUUCACCAACAUGUACCGGCCCACAAUAGGAACUGACUUCCUCUCUAAGACGGUGAACAUAGAUGGAGCCACAGUCACUCUGCAGCUGUGGGACACAGCUGGAACAGAGAGGUUCCAGUCUCUGGGUACACCUCUGUACAGAGGAGCUCACUGCUGCAUGCUGGUCUUCGAUGUCACGUCCAAAGCCAGUUUCUCUGCCCUGGAGCUUUGGAGGAAGGAGUUCCUGUUCCAGGCCGAGCCCCAGGACCCAGCUGACUUCCCUUUUAUUGUUAUUGGCAACAAGAGUGACCUGGGUGACCGGGAGGUGUCUUGCAGGACGGCUAAGCAGUGGUGUGAGGAAAUCGGAGGAGACUACUUUGAAGUGAGCGCCAAAGAAGAUGUGGGCGUAGAGAAACCGUUUUGGAGAGCGGCUCAGAGCGGACUACAACAGGUGAUUUACUUUCAUUUAUUGUUUUCUGUUUUGUAUUUGAGAGAAGAAAGACAUCAAACCUCUCUCUGUUUAACAUGUUUAUUUUUUGAUGAUAAAAGAUACAUUACUCCCUACAGUACAAAAAACACACAUUGGAAAAUACAGGACAUUUCCAGAUAACCUGCAAACAGCCGACAGAAACUCGCAACACCUGUGAGUGCUGAGAGCAGCACUCGUCCCCCCGUGGGAGGGAAAGUUCAGAGAGACCUCGGCACUGCUGAUGAUGACCUAUCUAACGAGGGCGCAAAAAUAGUGACCCAGCAAAGGUACUGUGGAAGGAAAGGACACAAUUGUAUACCACAUGGAGAGAGGAACAAACUCAUUAAAUGUUUUUUCUUUUUUUUGAGAACCUUCAGCUUAUGGUCUAACUUAAGGCAACACUACUAAAAUACACUGCUUUUGCAUGCAUGUCUAGUUUUGCUCAACAGACACACUGACACGCACAAAAUCAUGAAUGCAUAUGAAGAGAAAAGUUGUGUCGCUAGAAAGAAAAAUCAGGGAGAAAACCACAAACGGGAGCCGAGGCGCGAGCCGGAGAAAAGGCGGCAAGCGGAAAACCUCAGCUCUGAUCAUCCUCUCUGGCCGUUACCAUCAACAACUGAAUUCACCCUUUAAAAAGUAGAUUUACACUCAUGUCCGCUCAGAAACCUCCUCCCUGUACAAGUUUGUACUGUAAUGAACCGAGCAGUGAUUCAGACUCCUACAGUGAAUCAGCUUGACAGAAGCAAAUUAGAACAAUCAGGGAGACUAUAUAUAUUUAUAUAUAUAUAUAUUUGUUUCUUUUAUAAGUAAAGACACAGAAGGCAAUCAAGAGAUGACCAACAUGUAAAAACAGUUUGUUACAGGUAAUUAUAUAAAAGGCCAAGAUGUUUUUUUUUCUUUGUUUUAUUCUUGCUCUAUGAAGGAACUAAUUUACAAGUGAGUACACUCCGGCUGUGUAAGCUUUCUUCCCAAGACAUCCCCAAAGACAUACGGGUUUACACGUCACAGUUAGCUUGCACACCAUCUGUAGUCUGAAAUACAGAGCCGUGGAAGGAAAAAAAUUAAAAUUUAUUAAAUGGAUUCACAUACAUCAAUAGGAUAGGGAAAAUAGGUCUACUAAUAUAAUUUGCCAUUCUAAAAAUUAAAGAAGAGGUGAGACACCACAUUCAUGAGCAUAAAAAGCGUAGGACAACUGAUUUGGGGUAUCCAGGGGGAAAGGUAUGAAAGCAUCUGGUGUUAUUCUGUCCACCUACCUAUCCCCCCGGCGGAAAUUCCAUGUUUGGCAAACAGAGCAACACAAGCAUUGAGUAGUAAACAAAAGUAAAAACUCUCCUCUCCCUGGGUCCACUUCAAAGUUCCCUUCAGUCCUGUAACCUCUUCGGUUCUACUUGGAACAAAUACAAAAGUCUUUCUCUCUCUUUCACCUCAAUCUGUUAACAACAGGAACAUACGACCAACUGAAUGAAGAUGUUUUUUUCUUUAAAAAUAUAGUGGCAACCUCAACACAGCCACCAAUCUUCCCACAAACACAAACUAUGGGGAUGAACAACAGUUAAAAAAAGUGAUGCUUUUAAAAAUGCACACAACAUACACAUACACACAGGAGAAAAAAAGCUUAAAAAAUACAAAAAUAAACUACACAAAAGAUCUGCGUCAUUGCUUGCUAAUUUUUUGGGAAGAUUUUUGCAAGUUUUUUUUCUGUGUGUGCUGCAAGUCUCAAUUCUAGCAAAGUCUGUCAUGUCGUUCAUUCUCCACAAAUCUCUUCCUUUGAUGUUCUUUUCUUUGUCCACUUCAAACUGUCGGCCACCAGUCCUCAUAUUGGGGGGGGGAAAAGCGCACAGUGAUGACAAUACCAGGAUACUGGAGUCCAGUACGAUGACUAUACAGACUUGGCUCUUGAUGAUGCAAAUUUGUUUGGAGCAAAAAAGAAAGGAAAAAAAUGAUGUCCUCUGUCAUCGAGGACAAGUGCUUUAUUUGUUUCCAUACCGAUUUUUUCUCUCAUCUAAUCUAAUGCCUCCAAAGCCUUUUUCCAACACUGUACACCAUUUCAUGUAGUCUCUCUCUACAUCCUGCCAGGAUUCACAAACAAAGACAAAAAAAAAUAAAAAGGUAACAUUGCGCUCA